AUUGUUGCUGCUGCUGCAACUUGUUUGUGCCUUUUUUGGUUCCAUGUGGGGGCAUGUGGAUAUCUCAGUAUGUGUAUUUUUCUCGUCAAAGUUUGAAUUUUGAGGCCCAAAAACUCGCAUUUUUUGGUCUAAUGAGCGCAUUUGGUUUAGUUUUGAGUGAGUUUCAACGCACAAAUCGUAUAAAUACAUCAGUUCUGACUGCCAGCGAUGUUAGUUGAAGCGAACUACGUCGAAUCAGUCGCCCCCCAGUGCUCCAUUGUCCAGUGUCCGUGUGCCCCGUUCGAGUUCAGUCCAUCAAUCAUGAACUUCGCUUGGCUUUUGCUAAUAGCCAGCGCCAGCUGCAUUCUGGCCGCACCCGCACCCGCUCCUCUGGCCGAAGAGCAGCAGCAGCAGCAAGAGGAGCUUGGCUCCGUCAAGGCCAAGCGUGGCCUGUCACUCGGUCUGGGCUACCACGCCCCAUUGGUGACAUCCGCGCAUUACGUCGCCGCACCGACUGUGGUGCACCAUGCACCAUUAAUAUCACAUGCACCGCUCAUCUCGCACAUUUCCCAUGCUCCGCUCAUUGCCCAUCACCCGGUGUCGUACCACCUGCCCAGCUACCACUCCAUACACUCCCUGCACUCCUAUCAUCACUUCUAAUGAGCCAAAGAGAUGAGGGAAGCAAGCAAGGAGCCGCACAGACGAGAGAGAGAGACGUCAGUGAGGAGCAACAGCGGAGACGGCACCAGCAGCAGCAUGAACAGCAGCACAUAUCCUCACAGUUUUACUUGGCAUUAGUUUUUGCACGAUUUCGUAGUCCCUUUCCGUCCCUUCCACCAUAAUUUUGUACAUAAUC